AUGUCCUCAUCCAUUCCUCUCGCAAACCUAUCGCCCUCGUCGAGGCCUUCGUACUACAAAAUGCCCGAAUCGCCAGCGCCCUACAACAGACGCUCUGCACGUCCGCGCCGCGGUCACUGGACGCCCUCCUUGAUCGGUUCCUACGUCUUCGAUUGGUUCAUCCUCGCCGUCGUUGGAGCCAUUGCAACUGUUCUGGGUUUUGUUGAGCCGAACAAGCGUCCGUUUUCUGUUCUCGACCCCAACAUCUCCUUUCCCUUCACCGAACAUGAGACGGUCCCCAUGUGGAUGGCCGGCGUCAUCGCCGUCGCCCUCCCUAUCAUUAUCAUCGCCGUUGUAUGCCUCGUUCUCGUUCCCGGAAAUACUGUUCCCAAGGGAACCCCGAAGUCGCUCAUCUGGAAGCGUAAGCUAUGGGAGUUGCAUGUUGGUUACCUCGGUCUCGCUCUUGCCCAUGUCGGCGCCUUCUUCAUCACGAACGGCAUGAAGAAUAUGUUUGGAAAGCCUAGGCCCGACCUCUUGUCGCGAUGCCAGCCCGACUUGGACCACAUUCAGGACUACAUCAUUGGCGGCACCUUCGCCAACAUUACCGGCUUGACCGGCGCGACUGGAUUUGGUCAGCUUGUGUCUGCCAACAUUUGCAAGAAUACCGACUCGCACACGCUCGAUGACGGCUUUCGCAGUUAUCCUUCCGGCCAUUCGAGCUCUGCUGCCGCUGGCUUGAUCUACUUGUCUCUCUUCCUAGCUAGCAAGUUUGCCGUCACCAUGCCUUUUGUGGCUUCUGACAACGGCGCCGAGUCUCACUCGGCAUUCCCCUCCCGUCUACAAAAGUCUGGCGCCAGCUAUGAGGAAGUACGGUCCGGCGAAAGUGGCUCUUUGAACCCUGACUCGGCAGGCGCUGCCAGGAACUUGGCCGAGCACAACAAGAUUGUUACUGCCGUCCGUCGUCAAGCCGCUGCCCCACCUCUCUACCUCCUGACCAUCGUGGUGCUCCCAUGGUUCGCUUCCGUCUUUAUUGCUGGCUCUCGCUGGUUUGACUUCCGCCAUCACGGUUUCGAUAUUCUCUUUGGCUACAUGAUCGGCAUCUUUACUUCCUUUUUCGCGUUCCGCUACUACCACCUUCCCAUCCGCCAGGGUGCUGGCUGGGCUUGGGGCCCUCGAAGCCACGACAAGGCAUGGUGGUCUGGUGUAGGGUCAUAUAGCUAUGCGACGGAGAAGGGCGACUUUGUCAGGGCAGGGGACGAGGAGGAAGCAUACAUGGCCAGGCCAGUCGUAGGCCAAGCAUCUUCGACCCAGUAUAUCAGCAAGGCUGGCUCUCAUGAAGGGCCGGAACCUGAAAAUCGCUUCUAA